AUGCGCAUCACAAGAGCUGCUCUCCGGGCUCAGGCUCACGACGAAUUCCAAUCCAUACACGAAGAUCCGGACGCGGGCACCUCCAGGAACCAAGACGAGUCGAGCGAGGUUCACGAGACCGACCGACCAGCUCUCAAAGAUAUCACUGCAGAAAACUACCCUACCGCCGAAGACGCUCCUGGAGUUGAAGAGUCUGCGCCUCUGAAACGAUCAAAGAGCAAGAAAAAGGGUAAGCAGAACAAGAAGGACAAGAACGAGGAGGAGGCCACUGUAGCAGACAAUCUUGAGGCACAACAUAUAGAGUUAGUAUCCGCAGAGGUCGUCGACGAGAGUCAGGAACAGUCCCCAGAAACACAAGAAGAAGAGGAAGAAUCUCCGGACACGGCCUCGCUGGAGCCACAAAGCGCGCAACAGCCCAGCUCCGAAAAAGUAGUAGACGUGGCAGUCCAGCCCCUUGCACACAGUUCAACUCCCAGCCCAAUUCGCAACGAAGCUCCAAAGACGCCCAGAUUCAAUCCAGAUAUCCAUGUGCCUGAACACGCCCCAACAACACCAGCCGUAAGCAACGUCGAAGAUUCCUUCGUGGAGCAAAUCAAAUCCAGAUCCCCCAGCAAGAUGCACUACACAGCAGACGUGGCACGUUCUCCCUCAUAUGACCCCAGCAACCAGCUACCGAGGAUCGAAGAUUCUGUGGACGCUAUUGACGCCUUGGAAGACGCAAUCGAGGAGUUUUCUGAGAGACUCCCGGCUUUGGACGAUCUCAAGAUCGAGUCACCGGUCAAGUCUAGCAAGAACACGCCAGCAAAGCUGAAUCUUCAUCCAAAUUCAAAAGCACCGGGUAGUUCACAAAAGUCCGAACCAGUUGCUGCAAAAAGCCCUCGCAAGUCGCCAUCAAAGUCUCCGUCAAAACCUGCUCCUGCCGACAGACGACCAAGUGUUCAGCCGAGAUCUACAGCAACCAGCCGUGCAUCGAGUGCGAAAGCGGCCAUAAAACCACUUAAAGUCGCAAAGCAAGCCAAGAAGCCCAUAAUCGACGGUUUGAAGCCUCGAGAGUCUUCGUCUGCUUCCGCCAUGCCACUCCUGACAUUCUCCAAUUCUCCAUCCAAGUCUCUUCCCAAUACGACAAAGAAGCGUGUGCCCAGUACUACUCUGUCGACCAACAAACCUGCAUUCGUUCCAGCCAAGUCUGCCAAACCACCGACGAGACCAACGUUCAGUCUUCCAGGUGAAGCGAUCUCCGCGAAAUUAAAGGCUCAACGAGAGGAACGCCUCAAACGUGAAGAAGAAGCCGAAAAGGAGCGCAAGAUCUUCAAAGCUCGCCCGGCGCCAGCCAAGACGUCCCGACCCAGCGUGCUUCCACGCGACACCAAAGCCAGUCAAGCACGCCUGAGCAUCUAUUCGACCGGAACGAACAAGGAGAACGUGGCCCCUAAGCGCGAACCCGCCAAGAUGCGACCGUCGUCAUUCCACUCGGGACUGUCCAGGGACGUCACGAAAGCCAACUCGAGCGUCCGCCGGACUAACAGUGUCGUGGGAGCCAAGUCGAGUCCCGCGAAACCAAGAGUCUCUUCGGUCCAGCUGGCCGCGGGGCAGAAGCUGUCCGUGACCAAACAGGACCAGGCGCAGCAAAAGGCACGCGGCAAGGAGGUGUUUGCACGGUCCAAGAUCGAAAUGGAACGGCUAGAGAAGGACAGGAAGGAAAAGGAAGAGGCGACGCGCAAAGCCAGAGCUGAGGCUGCUGAACGUGGACGACAAGCAAGUCGCGAAUGGGCGGAGAAGCAGAAGAGGAAGUUGGCAAUGCAGGCUGCUGAGAAGAUGGCGCGUGGGGAUGGCGUCGCGAGUGCUGGCGCAGGUGCGAGUGCUGUGGCUACUUCGUGA